AUGUCAGUGGUUAAACAAGUGGCACUGAUCAUUGAUAUCGUCAUGCUAGUGGUGGAGGUGGAGGUGGCGGUGGCGGCGGCGGUGGUGGUGCCGCUGGUGGUGCAGGUGGUGGUGCAGGUGGUGGCGCAGGUGGUGGCGCAGGUGGUGGCGCAGGUGGUGGUGCUGGUGGUGCUGGUGGUGCAGGUGGUGGAAAAGGUGGUGGUGCUGCUGGUGGUGCAGGUGGUGGCGCAGGUGGUGGCGGAGGUGGUGGUGCUGCUGGUGGUGCAGGUGGUGGCGCAGGUGGUGGCGCAGGUGGUGCUGCUGCUGGUGGUGCAGGUGGUGGUGCAGGUGGUGGCGCAGGUGGUGCUGCUGGUGGUGCAGGUGGUGGCGCAGGUGGUGGUGCAGGUGGUGGCGCAGGUGGUGCUGCUGGUGGUGCAGGUGGUGGCGCAGGUGGUGGUGCAGGUGGUGGUGCAGGUGGUGCUGCUGGUGUGGUGGUGGUGGCACAGGUGGUGCUGCUGGUGUGGUGGUGCUGCUGGUGGCGCAGGUGGUGCUGCUGGUGGUGCAGGUGGCGGUGGUGGUGGUGGUGGUGGUGGUGGUGGUGCUGGUGGUGCUGCUGGUGGUGCUGCUGGUGGUGCAGGUGGUGGCGCAGGUGGUGGUGGUGGUGGUGCUGGUGGUGCUGCUGGUGGUGCUGCUGGUGGUGCAGGUGAAGGCGCAGGUGGUGAUGCUGCUGGUGGCGCAGGUGGUGGUGCAGGUGGUGGCGCAGGUGGUGCUGCUGGUGGUGAAGGUGGUGGUGCAGGUGGUGGCGCAGGUGGUGGUGCAGGUGGGGGUGCAGGUGGUGGCGCAGGUGGUGGUGCAGGUGGUGGCGCAGGUGGUGCUGCUGGUGGUGCAGGUGGUGCAGGUGGUGCAGGUGGUGCAGGUGGUGGUGCUGCUGGCGGUGCAGGUGGUGCAGGUGGUGGUGCAGGUGGUGGCGCAGGUGGUGGCGCAGGUGGUGGUGCAGGUGGUGGCGCAGGUGGUGCUGCUGGUGGUGCAGGUGGUGGUGCAGGUGGUGCUGCUGGUGGUGCAGGUGGUGGCGCAGGUGGUGGUGCUGGUGGUGCUGCUGGUGGUGCAGGUGGUGGCGCAGGUAGUGGUGCAGGUGGUGGUGCAGGUGGUGGUGUAGGUGGUGGCGCAGGUGGUGGUGCAGGUGGUGGCGCAGGUGGUGCUGCUGGUGGUGCAGGUGGUGGUGCAGGUGGUGGUGCUGGUGGUGGUGCAGGUGGUGGCGCAGGUGGUGCUGCUGGUGGUGCAGGUGGUGGUGCAGGUGAUGGCGCAGGUGGUGGUGCAGGUGGUGGCGCAGGUGGUGCUGCUGGUGGUGCAGGUGGUGGCGCAGGUGGUGGUGCAGGUGGUGGCGCAGGUGGUGGUGCAGGUGGUGGUCCUGGUGGUGGUGCAGGUGGUGGCGCAGGUGGUGCUGCUGGUGGUGCAGGUGGUGGUGCAGGUGGUGCUGCUGGUGGUGCAGGUGGUGGCGCAGGUGGUGGUGCUGGUGGUGCUGCUGGUGGUGCAGGUGGUGGCGCAGGUGGUGGUGCAGGUGGUGGUGCAGGUGGUGGUGCAGGUGGUGGCGCAGGUGGUGGCGCAUGUGGUGGUGCAGGUGGUGGCGCAGGUGGUGGUGCAGGUGGUGGUGCAGGUGGUGGUGCUGGUGGUGGUGCAGGUGUUGGCGCAGGUGGUGCUGCUGGUGGUGCAGGUGGUGGUGCAGGUGGUGGCGCAGGUGGUGCUGCUGGUGGUGCAGGUGGUGGUGCAGGUGGUGGUGCAGGUGGUGGCGCAGGUGGUGGCGCAGGUGGUGGCGCAGGUGGUGCUGCUGGUGGUGCAGGUGGUGGUGCAGGUGGUGGUGCUGCUGGUGGUGCAGGUGGUGGCGCAGGUGGUGGCGCAGGUGGUGGCGCAGGUGGUGCUGCUGGUGGUGCAGGUGGUGGUGCAGGUGGUGGCGCAGGUGGUGCUGCUGGUGGUGCAGGUGGUGGUGCAGGUGGUGGUGCAGGUGGUGGCGCAGGUGGUGGCGCAGGUGGUGCUGCUGGUGGUGCAGGUGGUGGUGCAGGUGGUGCUGCUGGUGGUGCAGGUGGUGGCGCAGGUGGUGGUGCAGGUGGUGCUGCUGGUGGUGCAGGUGGUGGUGCAGGUGGUGGUGCAGGUGGUGGCGCAGGUGGUGGCGGAGGUGGUGGUGCUGCUGGUGGUGCAGGUGGUGGUGCAGGUGGUGCUGCUGGUGGUGCAGGUGGUGGCGCAGGUGGUGGUGCUGGUGGUGGUGCAGGUGGUGGCGCAGGUGGUGGUGCAGGUGGUGGCGCAGGUGGUGGCGCAGGUGGUGGCGCAGGUGGUGCUGCUGGUGGUGCAGGUGGUGGUGCAGGUGGUGGCGCAGGUGGUGCUGCUGGUGGUGCAGGUGGUGGUGCAGGUGGUGGUGCAGGUGGUGGCGCAGGUGGUGGCGCAGGUGGUGGCGCAGGUGGUGCUGCUGGUGGUGCAGGUGGUGGUGCAGGUGGUGGUGCUGCUGGUGGUGCAGGUGGUGGCGCAGGUGGUGGCGCAGGUGGUGGCGCAGGUGGUGCUGCUGGUGGUGCAGGUGGUGGUGCAGGUGGUGGCGCAGGUGGUGCUGCUGGUGGUGCAGGUGGUGGUGCAGGUGGUGGUGCAGGUGGUGGCGCAGGUGGUGGCGCAGGUGGUGCUGCUGGUGGUGCAGGUGGUGGUGCAGGUGGUGCUGCUGGUGGUGCAGGUGGUGGCGCAGGUGGUGGUGCAGGUGGUGCUGCUGGUGGUGCAGGUGGUGGUGCAGGUGGUGGUGCAGGUGGUGGCGCAGGUGGUGGCGGAGGUGGUGGUGCUGCUGGUGGUGCAGGUGGUGGUGCAGGUGGUGCUGCUGGUGGUGCAGGUGGUGGCGCAGGUGGUGGUGCUGGUGGUGCUGCUGCUGGUGGUGCAGGUGGUGGUGCAGGUGGUGCUGCUGGUGGUGCAGGUGGUGGCGCAGGUGGUGGUGCUGUUGGUGCAGGUGGUGGAGCAGGUGGUGGUGCAGGUGGUGGCGCAGGUGGUGCUGCUGGUGGUGCAGGUGGUGGCGCAGGUGGUGGCGCAGGUGGUGCUGCUGGUGGUGCAGGUGGUGGUGCAGGUGGUGGCGCAGGUGGUGGUGCAGGUGGUGGCGCAGGUGGUGCUGCUGGUGGUGCAGGUGGUGGCGCAGGUGGUGGCGCAGGUGGUGCUGCUGGUGGUGCAGGUGGUGGUGCAGCUGGUGGCGCAGGUGGUGCUGCUGGUGGUGCAGGUGGUGGUGCAGGUGGUGCUGCUGGUGGUGCAGGUGGUGGUGCAGUAUUGAUGUCCCGUCCAUCUCGUAUGUGA